AUGCCAUCAUGCCAUCCGUAUUCCGUCCGUUCCACCACCAGCAGUCACAGCAGGCGGGGGGGAGGACGCGCCGAGCCUGUUGGAGCUAGCAAGGCAGGAGGACCACGCACUCCCUGCAUCGGCGCAACGGUUGACCCGACAGCAGGUGAGAUGGAGUGGAGUGAUGCGGAGCAGGCAAGAUGCUGUGGAAUAGCGUAUCCCAAUAAGGAGCCACAGCGAUUCCCCGAGAGGGAUCAUCAGCAGCAGUUUCCGGAGAGGGAGCCUCAGCCAUUCCCUGAGAGAGAGCAUGAGCACUUGCUUGAGAGGGGGCAUCAGCAGCACUUCCCUGAGAAGGUGCCGCAUGGCAGCGGUGUGUUUGGGGAGGAGGGAGUGGUUCUUGAUCGGCCAGGGGGAGAAGAGGAGGGGAGGACUGAGGUGAAGGCGAUUGUGGGGCAAGGGAAGGAGGAUGAGGAUGAGGAUCGGAAGGAUGGUGAUGAGGGUGACGAGGAGAAGGAGGAGAAGGAGGAGAAGGAGGAGAAGGACGCGGGAGGGAAGAGUGAGGGAGGGCAAAAGGGGGAUGAGGAGGAGAGUGAGGAGGGGAGUGGAGAGGGGGAAGCGGGAGGCAAGAAGGAGAAGAAGGCAGGGGAUAAGGGUGAGAGCGAGGAUGAGGAGGACGGGGAGGAUGAUGAAGAGGAUGAUGAGGAGGAAGGGGGUGGGAAGGAAGGGAAGAAGGGACGCAGUGAAGCAGGUACAGACAGCGGGAAGAAAGCGCAGGAUGAGGAGGGGGAGAAAGAAGACGAGGAGGACGAGGAGGAGAAGGAGGAGGAGAAGGAGGCGAAGGAGGAGGCGAAGGAGGAGGCGAAGGAGGAGGCGAAGGAGGAGGAGGAGGGCUCGCAUAGCGGUGGAGAAGGAGGAGGGGAGGAGGACGAAGGGGCUGGACCAGCAGAUGACAGUGCUGCUGCUGCUGCUGACAGUGGUGGUGACGGUGGUGGCAGUGAGGGGGAGAGUGGCAGCAGCGGGGGUGGGGAGGCCACAGGGGAGAGUGCGGGCUCGUCGGAACAGCAGUCGGUUGCUGCCAAAGAAGUGGUGGGUGCUGCUUAUCCGCUCAUCUGUUUCCCUCGUACGUCCAAUGCUUAUCCGCUCACCAAUGGGUUCCUUCUGGCCCUCUCAUGCUUCCACCCUCGCCCUUCACCCCUGGCCCGUGUUUCCUUUCCCAUGAAUCCUCAGCCACAAGAUUGGCUGGCAGCAGACCUUUUCCCUUCAGCAAUCUCCGUCCUUCCCCUCCUGUCGCAGAAAGCAACUCCACCAGCAGUGGCAACCAGCGGUUCUUUCCCUUUUGGCAUGACUAAAGCGGAGGCAGCAGCAGUGGCAGCGGAUCCAGUGGGCGAGCCGAUAGACGUGGAGGGGUGUCGCGGGCGCACGGUGUACAUACACAAGCUGGCUCAGGCGUACAACCGCGGGCUGGUGGGGCAAUGUGCCACGCUGCUGCCCUGGUUCUCCAUCUGCCCGCACUUCCAGAACGACGGCUUGGGGAAGCGAAUCCGCAACAGCAAGCUGCUUCUACCCUCUGGCCGAUGGUUCGAGACGCACAUGUACGCCCUGGAGAUGGUGUUUCACUACCGUCUGCGCAAGGCAUACAAGUGCAUCACGAGCGACCCUGACAAAGCAGACCUCUUCUUCAUCCCCUUCUACGCGUCGCUGGACGUGACUCGCUGGCACUUCGCCAAGAACGCGUCUCUCGACGACCGUGACCGCAUGCACGACGGGCUCGCCAAGUGGCUCAUGAGGAGGGAGCACUUCAAGAAGCGCAACGGAGCAGACCACUUUAUUGUGCUGGGGCAGGGCUCGUGGGACUUCAGGCGAUCAGAGGGGUCUCAAUGGGGCAACCGGCUGCUGCUGCUGCCCGAGAUGAAACACGUGACGAAGCUGGUGCUAGCGGCAAACCUGUGGGAGGAGACAGAGAUCGGCAUCCCCCCCCUCACCUUCUUCCACCCGCGCUGGGAGAAGGACUACAAGACGUGGCAGCGCAUAGCAGAGUCGCACCGGCGCACAUCGCUGGCGGCGUUUGCAUCGCUGAGGGACGCCUUCAGCAAGCACAACAAGGCGCUGGGGCGGCAGUGCAAGAAGGCCAAGGCGUGCCGGUACCUGGAGUGCGUGGAGGAUAUCUGCACGCGGCCAGAGGUGCUCAUGGAUCUCUUCACCGAUGCUGCCUUCUGCAUCAUACCGUCGGGCCACACGGGCGCCCGCAGAGCUGCCUUUGAUGCCAUCGUUGCCGGAUGCAUCCCCGUCUUCCUCGACUCCUUCGUGCCCUCCCAGUACAAGUGGCACCUACCGGCCAACAGCAGCACCUACUCGGUGACGCUGAGUGAGAAAGCGGUGCUGGCAGGGAAGGUUGACGUCAUCAAGGAGCUCGAGAAGAUUCCAGGAAAGGAGGUGCGGCGAAUGCGGUUGAAGAUCAUAAGGGAGGUGAUGCCAGCAGUGGUGUACAACCAUCCACGCAUGUAUCCCAUGGAACAAAAGCGAGACGCCUUUGAUAUUGCCAUGGAGGAGGUGGUGAGGCGAGUGCAGCGUAACAAGCAGGCAGCUGCUGCGGCCUGA